AUGAUUUUGAUCGUCAAAGAAUCCCAUGAGCAUGGUCGUUGCAAUCAUAACUGUUUCGGACCAGUAACAAAACUCAAAAUAUACAAUGAACUAUCACAUGGGUAUCUUCACGUCAAUGGUUCCAACGUAGUAACAACAGAUGAAUCAGAUGGUAUUUUAUAUAAAAUUUCGUCAGGACGAAAUUUUUACUUGUAUGAUAUGAGGGCGGAAAAAUUUAUUUGUUGGCGAAGACAAAGACCCCGCGCGACGAGGGAAUUACGCAACAAAGCACGACAUAGAAUGCACAGCCCUUUAAUAGCAAGGAAAAUCAGCAAUUUAAACUGUCGAUUUCAAGACCUGGUUGCAGACGGUGGUGUAGGCUACGUAAACCUUGCCCCAGCUUUCAACCGCAGCCUGCUAAUGAAAUUCAACAGUCGAGGAAGAUUUGUUACCCAAGAAUGCACCCCCUCUACGAAGGAGGUUCGAAAAAGGCAUCUUUGUGCCAAACAAACGAAUUUUCUUAUCGACGACGGAGAUGCUUGCGAAUGCCACGAAGCAGAACGCCACUUCUGCAGGGCUAAGUUUGCAAAAAUGAAAGAAUUCAGAAGCGUUUGCAAAACAAGUAAUAGAAUUAAUGGUUUGUAG